GAACGCAAGCCAGAGCUGACGUCAGAAAUAAUGGCCUUUAGAGAUUAUCUAUUGUCGUCAACAAUAUCAGAUACACUUGAUGUCUGGGAACUAAAGGAUUUGGGGCAUCAAACAGCACAGAGGAUAGUACAUGCCUCUGAUCCGUUGCAGUCAAUGCAGGAAAUUAACCAAAACUUUCCCAGUGUGGUUUCUUCUUUAUCUCGGAUGAAGCUAAAUGAUUCAGUUAAAGAUGAAAUAAUUGCAAAUCAGAGAAUGAUCCCCCCUGGCAAGUGCUUAAUGGGUCUGAAUGGUGCUUUAGUCAACAUCGAAGAUAUUGAUCUCUAUGUGUUGAUUGAUUUGGUUCACCAGGAGCUGUCACUGUCCGAUCAGUUUUCAAAACUGAAGAUUCCUCAAAGCACCAUAAGGAAACUUCUAUCAUCUAUGCCUCCUUCUGAAUCUAAUAUGUUCCGUGUUGAUUUUCGGUCGAAUCAUGUCCAUUAUCUUAAUAACUUGGAGGAAGAUUCAAUGUAUAGGCGAUGGCGGAGCAAUGUUAAUGAGAUUUUGAUGCCUGUCUUCCAAGGACAGUUACAUUAUAUCCGGAAGAACCUUUUUCAUGCAGUCUAUGUCAUUGAUCCAGCCACAGCUUGUGGUCUUGAAUCCGUUGACAUGAUCACAUCCUUGUAUGAGAAUAAUCUUCCAAUGAGAUUUGGCAUAAUAUUAUAUUCCGGAAAAUUCAUCAAAAAGGUUGAGAUGAAUGGUGGCGAAAUCAUUUCAAAUGCUGCAGAAGUUGAUUGUCAAAUUAAAGACGAUUUAUCCAGUUUGAUUAUACGUCUUUUUAUCUAUAUUAAGAAAAACCAUGAUAUAAGGAUGGCUUUCCAGUUCCUAAGCAAUGAAGAAACUCUUAUUAAUGCCAUGAAUGAUGAGCUUCCCAGAAUACAGGAGCAAGUUUACUAUGGUCACAUAAAUUCUCGUACUGAUGUGCUGGACAAAUUCCUAUUAGAAAGUGGUGUUACUCGCUACAAUCCGCAGAUAAUUGGUGAUGGUAAUGUCAAACCAAGGUUCGCAAAGCUGGCUUCAUCCAUUCUUGGAGAGGAAUCUGUGCUAAAUGAUAUGAGCUACUUGCAUUCUCCUGAGACUCUGGAUGAUGUGAAGCCUGUGACUCAUCUUCUUGCUGUUGAUGUCACAUCAGUGAAAGGAAUGAAAUUGCUUCAUGAAGGAAUACGUUACCUGAUUGGAGGGUCUAAAGGUGCUCGCUUGGGAGUGUUAUUUAGCGGUGGUCAGAACCAUGAUUUAAAUUCUCUUCUUUUCCUUAAGAUUUUUGAGACCACCACAUCUUCAUAUAGUCAUAAGAAAAAGGUUUUAGAAUUUCUGGACCAGCUAUGCUCGUAUUACGAGCAUGUCCGUGGAUCUCCUAUAAGUGGUGAAGGCAACCAACUGUUGAUUGAUAAAGUUUAUGAACUUGCUGAGUUAAAUGGACUAUCAUCCAAGGACUAUAAAUUGUCUCUUUCCAAAUUUUCAGAUGAGAAAAUGAAAAGAUAUUUUAACAAGGUAACACGGUUUUUAUCUUGGCAAAUUGGGCUUGAAUCUUGCGCUAAUGCGGUUAUUACUAAUGGAAGGGUGAUGUUCCCAAUUGAGGAAAGCACAUUUGUGAGCCAUGAUUUGCACCUUCUUGAAUCAGUUGAGUUCAAGCAUAGAGUAAAACACGUCAAAGAAAUUCUUGAAGAGGUCGAGUGGCAAAACAUAGAUCCUGACAUGUUAACAAGUGCUGUUGUAGUGAGAAAUGAAAAUUCUAGCAUUCACAUUGAUGCGGUUAUUGAUCCCUUGAGCCCAUCUGGGCAGAAAUUAUCUUCGCUUAUUCGAGUGCUGGGGAAACAUGUCCAGCCCAGUAUGCGGAUUGUAUUGAACCCGAUGAUGUUUGGAACUGGAAGAAGAGGAAUAGCAUAUUUGUGUGACAAGAUAACUAGUUCACUUGCUGAUAUUCCUCUGAAGAAUUACUACAGAUAUGUCUUACCAACAACGGUAUAUGUUUGA